AGAAGGUUAAGAAAUGGAUGCAGUAAUCUCUUCUCUUCUUAUUCUCUCACUUGUUCAUGUUGGUAAUGCUCUGAGCGUAGAUUACUAUGCCGACACUUGCCCGGACGUUGAGAUAGCAGUAACGGCGGCGGUGAAGGAAGCAAUGGCUAAUGACCAGACAGUUCCUGCAGCGUUGCUUCGCAUGCAUUUCCAUGAUUGUUUCAUUAGAGGUUGUGAUGGCUCAGUGUUAUUGAACUCAAAGGGAAGUAACAAAGCAGAGAAGGAAGGGCCUCCAAACAUCUCACUGCAUGCCUUCUAUGUGAUAGACAAUGCUAAGAAAGCAGUGGAAGAAAUGUGCCCCGGUGUGGUCUCAUGUGCGGAUAUACUAGCCCUUGCAGCAAGAGAUGCAGUGGCCUUGUCUGGGGGUCCCACAUGGGAGGUUCCUAAAGGAAGAUUAGAUGGGAGAGUUUCCAAGGCCAGCGAGACAUCUCAAUUACCAGCUCCCACCUUCAACUUCUCCCAACUGAAGCAAAGCUUCUCCCAAAGAGGCCUCUCCACACAAGAUUUGGCAGCACUCUCGGGUGGACACACCCUAGGGUUCUCUCAUUGCUCCUCCUUCCAAAAUAGAAUACACAAGUUUGAUGCUAGCCAUGAUGUCGACCCUUCGAUGAAUCCUUCCUUCGCAGCAAGCCUUCAGAAGGUGUGCCCUGCUCACAACAAGGUAAAAAAUGCUGGAUCAACAAUGGACACCACAACCACAAUAUUCGACAAUGCUUAUUACAAGUUACUGCUGCAAGGGAAGAGUUUGUUCACUUCAGACCAAGCCCUUCUAACAAAUGCCAAAACCAAAGGCUUGGUUUCCGAUUUUGCUUGCUCACAAGAAGCAUUCAAUAAAGCAUUUGUCAAGUCUAUGAUCAAAAUGAGUGAAAUAACAGGUGGACAAGAAGUGAGGUUGGACUGCAGGGUGGUUAGGUCAUCAUGAGAACUUAAAAUAGCAAAUGUGGCGACAAUUAUUGUGAACUUUGUAAUUUUUCAUCUAGGAUUUGUUUUAUGCCUUUGUGUGUGCAUGGGGAAUAAAGAUGGGUGGAAGCAUAAAGGAUUUCACCUUUCAACUAAACUUUGUUAAGGGGUGCCUGUUGUUACUUUGUGUAUGAGGGGAAGAAAUCAGCGAGUGCAAGCACAAACAUUAGUGAGUGAAACUUUGAAAUCUUGCUACUA